AUGGGCGUGCGUGCGCUGCUGGGCUUCGCCUGGGGCAGCAUCGCGAGCGAAGCAAGCGAUCCAACUGUGAUUCAGGCUUGGCAGGAAGCCUUGGAGACCUGUGCAUCGGAAAUCUGUUCAGCAAACCAGGUGGAGGAAGACGAUGUGGCGGCAAGGCAUUGUGAUCAGAUACCAGUUGCUUCCGAAUUCGGCGGUGCUGGUCGCACGACUACGUUCGGACGCAAAGUUUGGUGCGCCGCGAUGCUGGGCACAGGAAUCACGGUGGACCUUUACGCUGGACUUGGAGACACGGCGGCUCUGCUUGCUGACGGCCUGCGUCGGCGACCGAGCAGCUCCUCAGACCGUCGCCUGGUGACUUUCGAGUUGAAUUUAGACAGGCUGCUGACCGUGAGGAGCAGGCUUGCGCAGAGCGAAGUCGCGGUGCACACAUUGGAACUCCGCAGCCAAUACCACUGGCAGCGAGAGAUGCGCAAAGGGGAUUGGAAGCCAGUGACUGCGUUUCUCGUCCCUGGAAGCACUUCGAGUUACCUGCGGCCAGUAUGCCAAUCCGUGGAGGAUUUGGGAUUGAUCCUUCUAGAUCCUGACGUGGAGAUGGGGUACAAGGAGUUCGCAGACGACUGGCGAGUGCUGGAAGCCCAACGUCCCCGAAUGGUCGCCAUCUACAACACGAAUCUACCAGGAGGCGCCGGCUGGGUUCUCAACCGCCUGCUCAUGCUGGGUGAGUACGUCGAGGUUGCUCAAGGUUUUAACGACGGGGGUGCCGGUGAACAGGACGUUUUCCAUCAGCUACGAGCUUGGUCGCUUUUGCUACAUGUGCCGGGGGCCGUUCUGCCUGCCUGGAAACCUGGCGAGAGAACGUCACCGUCCACAUUGCAGCAGAAGCAGCACAAGAUCGUGCAGCCGGCCCGACCAUUUGAUGAAGAUACAGUUCAGAUGACUGGCCUCGAAGCCAAGGAGUGGAUUCAAGAGCAGUUGGAAAAGGGCUACGAAUGGGGAAACACCACAUUUCGUGCAGUCCGGGGUGGCGAGGUGCUCCGCAUCCAUCGCGGGAUUGGAGAAAUAGUGCCGGUGGAGGUCCAGCGCCCGACAGAUGAGCUGCUCACACCACCCACGCCACAAACCAAUGCUCACCUCUGCUUUGCAGAGGCCGACCCGCUGGUCGCGGCGCGCGAGCUCCGCACGCCCUGCUUCCUGAACUGUGAGGGCCCAGACUUCGAUGCUCAAUGGGACCACUUCCGGAAGCAGGUGCUCUUGCAGGCAGCCGGCAACUUCCCACUGGACCCGGAGAUGGUGGCGGAGGCGACUGCCAUCAGUCACCACAUCGUCACAAACGAUGAGAUCCUGAUUCGUGGGAGGUCUCUCUUCAUGGCCCGUUUACGGCAUGAGUACACUCAUGAUGGCCACUUGGAGGGAUUUUGCCUCUUCGGCCUCACUUCGGCGGCUUUCCUCCGAGCUCGGCAGAUGUUGGACAUGGAGCCGCAGAAGUUCGAAGCGCAUGGUAAGACCAUCUUUGCACCAAUAGUCGGCCUCAAUGACAUGGACACGGCGUAUACACUGGUCAGCGACUCCAACAGUAAAGGUGGCGUCGAGUUUAGCUUCCUUGAGAACACGGGCUGGGCGGUGCCCCUGGAAGAUGUCAUCAUAAAUCUGGAAACCCAGAAGGCGGAUCUGGGGCAGCCAUUCCGGCGGCACCGAUUUCCGAUGAGCCUCUCUCAUCGGCGAGAACCUGUCAGCAUGCCAGGCCGCCGGGAGUUGAGUCACUCCGACUCUUUGCGGCUCCUCUUCCCAAAAGCUGCGCCAGUGCGGCUGUGCGGUGUAGGGGACCAUCUGACGGCCACCUUUGAUGCCGUUUUGAUGGUCCAAAGAAGCCUGGAACUUGUUCUGGGGGACCUCCAGAUGCAGCGAGAUUUUCUUGGUCGCUUCUGCCCAAAGCACACUGGGCAAGGACAUCAAUGCCGACAGCGCUGUGAGUUGCUCGGGUCGGGUUGUGGUCCACAAGAGGAUGUCGCCGACCCGGUCGCAGAGUGGCUGGACGGAAUCAUCCAUCCCGAGUCGCUCGACGAGCUUCCUUGGGAUUUGGACGAGAGGCGCCAUUCCCUGGCAGAGGCGAGCGCAAGGGACUCGAGGCUACAGCUGGCAGACCUUGUGGUUUGCUCGCACCCGACGCUGCUGUGCCUCUUCAUGGCAGAGGUCCUUCCGAAGCCGAUGUUCGUACAUGCAUCGUCCACGCUGCUCUAUGGUCUGCAUUGUCAAAACUGCGACCGCGACGCAUGGUACACCAAUCUGCGAUACUUUGGCACUUCGCAUUUGGCACAGAGGUAUCUGCAGCUCGCCCGCAACCUCCUCCUCAACAAUCAGAAUCUGGUCUUUAUGGCAGAGGGGCGCUUUCUGGCCGAGCAAGUCCGACACCAGGUGAGAAUGGAGGUUCCCUGGGUGCCACCGCUGGGGCUCUAUACGGCGGCAGGGAGUUGGCAGGGUGGCCAGCCCGGGUCGACGCGUCGUGCCGUGGUCCUGAGGUCCCGCUUCUUCGUGUCCCUGAGGGGCGAGCUCUUACGGUCGCUUCUGCGAGAGAUUGUGUCCAUCAAUUUCCCCAGAUACCCCUUGGAGGUGGUCUUCCUGGGCAAGGACAAUCAAUUUGACGAGCAAUGGCUUUCCCUGCAGCAAUUGGCCAGCUUUGACGCUGCCAUCCUUUGGCCAAAUGACUUGCACCAGCGCACUUUCCACGAGGCCUACCGGUUGGCGAUUCCACUGCUGAUGCCUGAUUCUGCCAGCCUCUUCCGAGCGCAACGGAUGUCGAACUGGGGUUACGCUUCCUACGGGGCAAGUACGGUUGGGCUUGAUGCAGACGGAAGCUCAUCGCCGAGGCAUCCAUUUCCACCUUGGUGGAACUCUUUCAAUGCGACACCAGACGUUAUUGGCUACUGGGUACAGUUCGCGGAUUGGGAGCAGCUGCCGCACAUCCAGCGCUUUGCAACGCUGCCGGGCCUCAUCGUGCAAGCAGUCACGAUGAACCUGCAGCAGAUCAGCAAAAGCAUGUUGGAGCACCACGUUCAGGUUGCCAAGGCAGCUCUGGACCUGGUCUCGGAGAAGCUGGCAUUGCUUAGCCGGAGUGACGAGCCGAGAGUAAGCGAAAAGAGUGCGAGAGAGCAGGAUAUGCGGCUCGAAAGGCCUCGUGGACAUCUCGUUUUCCCCAACGGCAUACAUGCUUUGGGAAAGGAGGCCCAUGUUCAAUCAGGAAUGCAUUGCCAGCAUGUCAUUGUCUUCGGGGAGUUGGUGUUCCAAGGAAAGAUCUCAAGAUUGAUGCGAGCGCAUGUGUCACGGUUCCUUCCGUGUUCUCUUUGGAGAUGUGACAUCACACACGCAGCUCAACUACGCAAGCGAGUGAGAUAG